AUGCCUUUCCCUUUCAGCCGGAAGUUAGAGAGGCCCGCGGUGCUGGGCCCGCGGCGUCUGCCUUUCCCCCGAUGGCGAGCUCCCUGUUGGCGCUGCGAUCCUCCAGGGGUCUGGCGUCCCUGAGCGUGCGCCCUGGGGGGCCUUCGCUGCGGAAACUGCGGUGCCGAAGCCCGGCUCUGGAGAGCCCGAGAGGCCUCCUCACCCCGGCUGGUGCAAGAGAGCUCCCCGCGCUCCCCCGGGCCGGGGAGACGCCGGCCUUGCAGCCUUUGACUUUCUGGCUGCUCGCGCGGGCCACAAAUGGAGCCUGCGGGCGCCGGUCCUUUUCCACCGCAGGGCCGCUGCCGCGAGGAACCAAGGGCCAGAGCAGCCCCCGCGCCGCAGGGCCUGUUUCCUGGAAGUCCUUGGCAUUCACAUUUGCUAUUGGUGGAGCUUUAUUGGCUGGCAUGAAGUACUUCAAGAAAGAAAAAGAAGAAAAGUUAGAGAAGGAACGGAAGCGAGCCAUAGGAAAACCUUUACUUGGAGGACCUUUCUCACUCAUGGAUCACAAUGGAGAACCCAAAACUGAUAAGGACUACCUGGGACAAUGGAUACUAAUUUAUUUUGGUUUCACACAUUGUCCUGAUAUUUGUCCAGAGGAACUGGAAAAAAUGAUAGCUGUAGUGGAUGAAAUUGAUAGUAUUCCAACUCUGCCAAAUUUAAUACCACUUUUCAUCACUAUUGACCCUGAAAGAGAUAACAGAGAAGCUAUUGCAAGGUAUGUGAAAGAAUUUUCUCCCAAGUUAGUUGGCUUGACAGGUGGUCCAAAUGAGAUUGAUCAAGUUGCCAGAGCAUACAGAGUUUAUUACAGUCCAGGACCCAAGGAUGAAGAUGAAGACUAUAUAGUGGAUCAUACAAUAAUAAUGUACUUGAUUGGCCCAGAUGGUGAAUUUCUGGAUUAUUUUGGCCAAAACAAGAAGAAUUCAGAAAUAGCUGGUUCAAUUGCUGCACACAUGAGGGAUCACAAGAAGAAACACUAAAAUAAUGUUAUUUAUAUUUCAGUGAUAUUUUCUUUAUCUCCCUUAGGAGAUAGUAUAUAUGAUUUUCAGUUCCUCUGAAUCCCUGUACCCUGAAUACAUUGAAUGUUUGUCCUAUCCAGAGCAGUAGAAGAAAAAAGACAAGUUUGCUCAGUUCUUUGAAUUGUAAUGAUUAAAGCAGGAAAUCUCUCAAGAAGUACUUUUCAUUGUGCUGCUGAAGUAUGGGGAGAGAUUGAAGCAAUAGCUAGUGAUAGCAUAAAAAUCAUAGAUGUAAUUUCUCGCCCAGUAUUUCAUCUUGCUGACCUGAUCUCUUGGUUUCACAGACACUUCUGAAUUGUGGCAGAUUAUUUCCAGAGAAAAGGAAGAACCUGUAUAGUAUUAUUCUUCUUCUCUGGUUUUUGGUGGAUGUUGUUAAAAAGAAAAAAAAAAAGUUUUACUGGGACCAUGAUUGAGCAAAGACAAUUUUUUGUAUUUAAAAGCAGAAAUACCACCCUUAUUGCUUGCUCACUUAACCUGCAUCAAUUCAUCUGGGAGAGGGGAAAUUGUUAAGAGGUUUUGAUUUUUUUUUUUCUUUUUAAGUUGGGGAUAAUUACAUUGAUUUCUUAUGUGUUCUUUGUUCUAUGAAGGAAUGUAAAAUAAAAGUGUUCAUCUCUUUUGCAUUGUUUAGCUCAGAGUGUUUUGGUUUUGGUUUGUUUUUUAGUCUAAUUAGAUUGAAGAUCUUAGUUGUUGUUUCGAACCUAUUGGCAAAUCACUUUACUUCUCUGGGGUUUUGUGCAAUAUGAGGGAAUUGGACUGAAUGAUUUGUGAGAUCCCUUUUGGUCUAACAUUCUACAAUUGCCCCCUUCAAAUUUGAUACUAUUUGAACCUAAAAUGGAAAAUACUGCUCUAGAGAUAGGAGGUUGAGUUACUAAGAUAAAGGGGAUAAUUAAAAUUUUAAAUUUAAUGGAAUAAGUUCAGAGAAAACAACAAUUCAACAAGUGUUGAAUAAAUAUAUUUGUCAUAUGAAUGAUUAAAUUUUAGCCUGAACUUUUUUAGCAUUUGCUUUUCCUGUGCUCUCAGACUUCAUUAUCAAUUUUAUUGUUAGUAGAGUAGAUAGCACUUGAUAUUGUGGAAUAUUGAUUAUAUAUCCUGAUGUAAAAAAGACAUAGACCUAACUUGAUUGUUUUGAAAAUACCCUUUAAAGACAGUAACUCAACAGGAGUCAAAUAAUUAUAUUAGUUUCAUGCCAUCAGAGCCUUAUCCAGUUGUAGAACAUCAAGAUACCAGGACCUAAGUUGCUAUAUUGUACCUCAAGGAAUCUUCUAACUGUAUCAUCCUCUUAAUAUCUUGGGAUGAUGUAUUUAUUACUCUAGUUGCCUUAUCAGAUCUCCUGAAUAACUUGUUUUAUUUUUCCAUCAUUAUUUGAUUUUCUAUGGUGGGAGCCCUUAUAAAAUAAUACUGCCUUCCUUUUCUAAGGCUAGCAAACUCCCAUUUCCUUUCCUAAUCCUUUUCACUUAAUGAACUCCCACAUCCACAAAAGUAGGUGUUAGGGGGUGUCCUUCAUUUGUGUACUGCUUUACAAUUAUGCUUACUUUUGAUUUUUUUAGUGUAUAUUUACCAUUUACAUUGUUGUACUUAAAAUGUAUAUUUUUUGAUUGCUUAACUUUACUCUGCAUCAGUUUAUGUAGAUAUAUCCAUGCUUUGCUGUAUUCAUAUAUCAUUUCUUGCAGCACAGUAAUUUUCCAUUACAUUCACGCUUCAGAAUUUAUCCAUUCCUUAAUUAAUGGACAUCUACUUUGUUAAAAAUUCUUAGUUAUCACAAAAAAUAUUGCUAUAAAUAUUUUGGAGGAUACAGGGAUUUUAUAAAAUCUGUGAUUUCUUUGAAUAUAUGCCCAGUAAUGGAGUCAGUAAUUCAAAGGUUAUAGACAUGUUAGUCACAUAAUUUUCAAAAGAGGUAUAAUUUCACAAAUCCACUAGCAAUAUAUGUGUGCCUGUUAUUCCACAACUCCUCCAAUACUGACUAUUGCCAUAUUUUUUUUUUCAUUUUUGCCAAUUUGCAGAGCGAAAAGUAAAACCUCAAGGUUGAUUUGAUUUGCAUUUCUUUUAUUAUUAGUAAUUUAGAGUAUUUGUGAUUUUGAAUAUUUUGCAGUUCUUUUGAGAACUGUUUUGUUCAUCUCCUUUGACCACAUCUGCUGGAGAAUGUUAGAUACACACAGACACAUACAUACAUCUAUGUAUGUAUGUGUGUGUGUGUGUGUGUGUACAUAUAUGUGUAUACCUCUAUAUAGCUAUAUCAGUCUUGGAGACCAAACCUAUAGUAGAGAAAUUAGUUAUAUAUAUUUUUUCUCAUACAUUUCAUCUCUAGAGUGAAAAAUAUAUGUUUCUUUUCUAAUUUUCUGUGAUAUUUAAUAUUUAUGUUAUAUAUCAGAAUUAUUGUAGAAAUAUUGAAUAAAGUAUUAGUCUAAACCUAA